UGGAGCUUUGGUUUGGUUUUAUUUUACCGAGAGAAGUGCAUAAGGGCUCAGCAGGGAUGUGUGUGUGAAGGUCUGGUGGGAUCUCGCAUCUUCUUUAAAUAACAUGAGUGGGACCUAUGAGAAGAAGAUGGCCGUUUUAACUGACCUGAGCACCUCAUUGAGUUGCCACUCCAAGGACUCGCCCACCCUACCUGAGUCCACCGCUACGGACAUGGGCUACUAUAGCGGUCCAAUGGCUUCUAGCCAACAUGAAUACUACCAGAGUCAGGCGUACUCUCAGUCACUCAACCCGUACGGCUACCACCAUCAUAGCCAGUUCAAUCUGAGCGGUCUGGUGGGAUCAGAUGGCUUUAUGCCCAAAGAAGAGUAUCAGUUUGGAGGUGGAUACCGCUCUUAUGGACAUUACCGAGAAGCCCCAGCCCCAGAGUCAGUUUCCAUAAAGGAGGAACCUGAAACUGAGGUACGAAUGGUCAACGGAAAACCAAAGAAGGUCCGAAAACCAAGGACCAUCUACUCUAGCUACCAGCUAGCAGCACUGCAGAGACGUUUCCAGAAGGCCCAGUACUUAGCGCUACCUGAGAGAGCAGAACUGGCAGCUCAGCUGGGACUAACACAGACACAGGUCAAGAUUUGGUUCCAGAACCGGAGGUCAAAAUUCAAGAAACUUUACAAGAAUGGUGAGGGUCCCGGUCUGGAGCACAGCCCCAACAACAGUGAUUCAAUGGCUUGCAAUUCUCCCUCAUCUCCACCUAUGUGGGAGCAUAGUAGAAGCAGAACCCCUCAGCAACAAAGUCUUCCUCAUUGUUCUUCCCCAAGCUAUCUUGAGAACUAUAACCAAUGGUAUAACCAGCAAAACCAACCAGGACCUCAUCUACAGCCCCCUGAUACUUUGCACCAACCUCCACCAAAUACAGUGUAUUAAGUGACUGAGACUUUGAAGUUAGUUCAGAUGGAGUAUACAUGCCUUUGACUAAGAGGGUGUAUUAUGUCUUGUAUUUGGGCUACAGACUCUAUUUAAGGGACAUUGGUAAAAAUAACAUUUUUAUAAGAUAUUUUUGAAGGAC